UUACACGCGGUGUUGAGACAAUUUGAGUUGAUUCGAAUGCUGACGUGCAGGGUUCAAUGGAUGAGAGAGGAGAUGUAUAAAGUAAAACAAUGCUCCGACGCCAAAAGGCUAUCCCACUCCUGGCCGACUUCCAUCAACCUUAUCUCUUCUCUUCACCCCUCACAUCCCCUCACCUCACCUCCCCUCCCCUCAACUUCUCAGUAUCAACAUCAUCAAACUAAGCAGCCAUCAUGUCGCAGGAACUGCCAGACAAUGUGAUCGUCUUUGGCCCCGACGCCAACUGCACUCUCGCUCUGUGUCCCAUAGAAUGGAGCGUCUACCAAUACCGCCCUUCGCUCGCUGCGAACAUCACCUUCAUCGUCCUCUACGCCAUCGCCAUGGGGACACAUCUCGUUUUGGGCAUCAAGUGGAAGCAGUGGUUCUACAUGAGCUUCAUGAUGAUUGGGUGUUUGUUUGAGAUUAUUGGAUACAUUGGAAGGAUUAUUAUGUAUAAUAACCCCUUCAAUUUUGGAGGUUUCAUGAUCCAGAUUGUGUUUAUCACGAGUGGUCCUGUCUUCUACACAGCUGCUAUUUACGUGACGCUCUCCAAGACUAUCAAAUACUUUGCCCCCGAGGUCUCCCGCUUCAGACCAGAACUCGUCUGGUGGAUCUUCAUUCCCGCUGAUGUCGUCUGUCUCGUCCUCCAAGCCGCGGGCGGAGCAUUGUCAACAGUCAGCCAGGGCUCCAGCCAAACUGGUAUCGACAUCGCCUUGGCCGGUCUGUCCCUCCAAGUUGUCAUCCUCGUUCUCUUCUGUGCUCUUCUCGGUGACUAUCUCUGGCGAUACUUCCGCAGUGGGAAUGCCAGUGCAAUGGGAAACCGUAUGAGGAUCUUCUUUGGAUUCUUGAGCGCUGCCGUCAUUCUAAUUCUCGCUCGAUGUGCGUUCCGAUGCUAUGAGUUGAGCAAGGGGUAUCGAUACUCGGAUCUCAUCACAAAUGAGGGGUUGUUCAUUGGUCUCGAGGGAGUUCUUAUUGUCAUUGCGGUAUUCUUCCUGUGCAUCAGUCAUCCUGGUCCUGUGUUCAACGAUGCGAUGACGACCGUGCCGGGUGCCUCGCAGAGCGAUGCUGAUGCUGAGAAGUGAGGUCGAACGAAAAGUACUUGAUCUUUGGCGGUGUCGAUAUCAAGAGGACACCUAUAAUUUAUUUGCGAAGGAUUAGGAUAGAAAUGCAAGAAUAAACGGCUUUCGGAUCUUGUAC